GUCCGGGGCCCGGAAGCGGGAGCAACUCCGGGGCGCCCGCAACUGUGGGGUUUCUGGCCCGGGCACGCGAUGGGCUCGGCGGCCGCCCCGGGGCGCGCUGCUUGGGUGCUGGCUGGGGGCCUCCUCGCCGCCGCCCUGGCGCUGCCCGCCGGGUCCCGGGGCCGAGGCUGGCUCCCCGUGGGCCCGAGUCCUCUCCAGCGUCCCCAGGGCGCGCAGGCGCCCCGGGAUCGCCCCGAAGCCCCCGGGGCGGGGCCCGAGCGCGCCGCGCAGCAUGGAGACAUUUCAAGAGACGUUCAGGGAACUCCCGAGAACGGAGUCAUUUUUCAGAAGUGUGCCGUGGUGUUGGGGCCGAGCGUGGCGCAGACGGCGCAGGUGCGCCUGCUGGUGAACAACACCCCGGCGCCGGCGGCGGCCGACCUCUCAGACCUGCUCCUGCUCGACAACGUCACCGGCCUCGCCGUCAGGGAGUCGCCUGGAAACAGGACCGCGGCUGGGUUCCAGGCCUUCGCGAGGAAGUUCCUGGCAGUGGGAACCUCCUUCUCGGUCAGCUACACCGCCUCGCUCGAGGCCGGAGACAUCGGGCACGGGGAGGUCCUGGCGCUGCCGGCCCAGCUCACCUUCCAGAGCUCGUCACCGAACAGAACGCAGCUGAGAGCGCUUUUCACUGUCACCGUGGAAGAAAAGGUAAAGGUUCUCCCAAACCACGGCCUUCACGCCGCCGGGUUCUUCGUGGCCUUUGUCGUCUCCCUCGCGCUGACCUGGGUCACCCUUUUCUUCCUGGUGCGGUAUUGGUGUUUGAAGGGAAGCGUGCUCAGCAGACACCAGGGUCAGCAUCACGAGAGCAAGCCGGAGCACGCCCUGUUCACGUCGGCCGAUGCCGUGGACGAAGACCUUGCUCUGAAUGACCAGAUGGUGGGCAUUCUGUCCUCAGAGGACCCCGGCAGCAUGCCGCAGGCCUUGGAAGAGCUGGAGAUUGCGACCCUGAACCGGGCGGACUCCGACCUGGAGGCUUGUCGGACCCAGAUCAGCCAAGACGUCAUCGCCCUUCUGCUGCGCGGGCUGACCGGCCGGGGCCACCUGUCCCCCCCAGUGGAGAGGAGGAUGGCCGCUCUUUUCAAGAAGCAGUUCCUCUUGCUGGAGAAGGAGAUACAGGAGGAGUACGAUCGGAAGAUGGUGGCGUUGACGGCCGAGUGCGACCUGGAAACGAGGAAGAAGAUGGAGACCCAGUACCAGAGGGAGAUGGCGGCGAUGGAGGAGGCGGAGGAGCUGCUGAAGCGUGUCAGCGAGAGGUCCGCCGCCGAGUGCAGCGGCCUGCUGCGGACGCUGCACGGCCUGGAGCAGCAGCACCUGCGGAGGUCCCUCGCGCUGCAGCAGGAGGAAGACUUCGCCAAGGCUCGCCGGCAGCUGGCCGUUUUCCAGAGAAACGAGCUGCACAGCAUCUUUUUUGCCCAGAUAAAAAGUGCCAUUUUCAAAGGGGACCUGAAGCCCGAGGCCGCGGAACUGCUGCUGCAAGACUACUCCAACGUCCAGGAGGAGGUAGAAGAGCUAAUGGACUUCUUCCAGGCCAGCAAGAGGUACCACCUGAGCAAGAGGUUCGGCCACAGGGAGUACCUGGUGCAGAACAUCCAGUCGUCAGAGGCCCGCGCGCAGGGACUUCUGAGCACGGCCGCCGCCCAGCUGACCCUCCUCGUCCAGAAGCACGAGAGAGCCGGGUACUUGGAUGAAGACCAGACGGAAGCGCUGUUGGAGCGUGCCCAGACCGAGGUCUUCUCCAUAAAGCAGAAGCUGGACAACGACUUAAAGCAGGAGAAGAAGAAGCUCCACCAAAGACUAAUAAUGAGGAGGAGACGGGAGAUGCUGCAAAAGCACAAGGAGCAGCGGAGGGAGCAGCUGGCCGUCGGGGACGCCUUCCGCGCCGCGGAGGACGUGGGCCAGUACCUGGGCCAGUGGCGGAGCCUGGUGGCGGAGCACAGCGCCGCCCUGGAGGAGCUGCAGGAGCGCCUGGACCAGGCGGCCCUGGACGACCUCAGGGCCCUGACCCUGUCGCUGUUCGAGAGAGCCACCGAGGAGCUGCGGCGCCUCCAGAACUCCGUGGUGACCCAGGAGCUGCUCAAGCGUGGCGUGCCCUGGCUCUUCCUGCAGCAGGCGCUGGAGGAGCAGGGCCGGGAGCUGGCUGCCCGGGCCGAGCAGCUGGAGGGCGCGCAGAGGGACCGGGACCAGGAGGGCGUCCAGGGCGUGAGGCAGAGGCUGAAGGAGGACGCCCCGGAGGCCUCCGCGGAGGAGCAGGCGGAGCUGCGACGCUGGGGGCGCCUGGUCUUCGCGAGGCUCCGCGCGGCGGCCUUCUCCCUGUCGGAGGAGGAGCUGCUCCGCAUGAGGCGGGACCUGCACGGCUGCUGCGCUCAGAUGGACAGGAGCCUGGCCCUCCCCAGGAUCCGGGCCCGCGUGCUGCUGCAGCGGCUGCAGGCGGCUUGGCGGGAAGCGGAGUCCCUGAAGCUGGACCAGGCCCUGGCUGCCCCCGAGCUGCAGCAACAGUCCAGGGCGAGAAAGCCGCGCGCCAAGAGUAAGAGCAAGACAGACCUUUUGAGGAAGUGCAUCGAAGAUAAAAUCCAGCUCUUUGACGGACCGGCUCCCGAAGACCUGGUUGAAAAGGUCCGAGGGGAGCUGCUUCGGGAGAGGGUGCAGCAGCUGGAGGCCCAGGAGGGCCGCUUCGCCGAGUCCCUCGCCUCCCUGCAGUUCCAGAAGGCGGCCAGGGCGGCCAGGACGCUGCGGGCCUACACGGCCCUGCUGGGCCUCCAGGACCUGCUGCUGGAGGAACUGCGCAUGUCGGAGACCCUGACGCCAGCGGCCUGCGCCCAGGUCCUGGAGUCCCACAGCCCCGUGAGAGCUCCAGGAGCUGGAGAGGAAGCUGGAGGACCAGCUGGCCCAGCAGGAGGCGGCGCAGCUGCAGCGGGCCCUGGCCAGUUGGCAGCAGUGGGCGGGGGAUGGGCCCGGGCUCCCGAACGAGCCCGAGCACACGGACUCCGAGAGGCAGGUGUCCGCUGCGCUGCGGCACGCCCUGAGCAGGAGCCAGAAGUUGCUGGAGCACCAGCAGCAGAGGCUGCGAGAGGAGCGCGAGGACAGCGCCGUGCUGGAGGACGCGCUGGAGACGAUGGAGGCGGACACCUUCGCGACCCUGUACGGCCAGGAGCUGAGGCUGGCCUCGUACCUGUCCAAGCUGACCAUGGUGCCGGCCGGCACGCUGCACCGCCUCCUGAGCGUGGCGCUGCCCACCGCCUCGCAGCCCGAGCUGCUGGCCGUGCUCGAGUCGGUCAGCCAGAAGCAGCCGGACCACGCGGUGGACAAGGACGGCGUCGGGGGGCCAGCCGACCCGGGCAGGAGGGGGAAACACCAGGGCUGGUGGCGGGACUUCGACAGCAGACUGCGCGGAGAGCUCGUAAGCAAGGGGUCGGAGCAGCUGCGGUGGGCCCGCCAGAGGAAGGCGAGCGUAUUGAAGAAGACACGCCCCCCCCUCCGAGAGAGGGCGCUGUUCUCCGGGAAGGGGAGCUGGCCGCACCUGUCCCUAGAGGCCAGCGGCGAGCUGGUGCCCGUGCCCGUGGUCGGGGCGGAAACCACGGACCUGUUCCACACGGGCGAGAGGCUCUUCGUAUUCAGAAACCUGAAGGAUCCGGAGAUCUCCCUGCACGUCCCCCCCAGGAGAAAGAAGAACUUCCUGAACGCCAAGAAGGCCGCCUGGGCCUUGGGCGCGGACUAGCCGCGGGAAGGCGCCGCGGGAAGGCGCCGCGGCGUCUCCAGGGCUUGGUCUCUCCCGCCCACCUGCGCGUGUGUUCGCGCUGCGCGAGCUGAAGGCCGGAGUCGCCCGCGGAGGACACGGGCGCCCCAACGAGCCCCCUCCCCGACUUCCGAGGCCCCAGUUUACUCCGUGCGCAGGAAUUCCCAGACGGCCCGCUCUGCUCGGCUUUACAAGGGGCGCGAGGAGACGCCGGACCAGCGCGAACACUCGGUCCCCCCUCCCCCCUCGCCAGGGGCCUGCAGGAGACCCAGCCAGUCCCCGAUUCGCGUCCCCGCGACGUCUGGCCCGGUGUCGCAGGCUCGCUCUUCUUACAUGUUGCGCUUGUUACAUAUUGUAUCGAGGAACUUUAAAAAAAAUAAAUAUAUU